CAGCAGAAAAAAGUUUCUCGCCGAAGUUGCCAGCGAACUGCUCUCUUCUUUGUUCUUUGCUCACGAAGACCACCUGCUGUUCUCAACCGCUUGCACGUACUCAUGGCUGCCCAGGCUACGUUCAAAUCCAUCAGGUCUCUAGUUCCUCUGCUGGACCGCGUCUUGGUGCAACGUUUCAAGCCCGAGACUAAAACGGCAUCUGGCAUCUUCCUUCCGACGUCUGCAACGAACACGCCUUUGCCGGAAGCAACUGUUAUCGCGGUAGGCCCAGGGGCGCCUAACAAGGAUGGUCAGAUUGUCCCCACUACGGUCAAGCCUGGUGAUCGCGUGCUGCUUCCUGGCUGGGGAGGAAACUCUAUCAAAGUGGGAGAAGAGGAAUUCUACUUGUUUAAGGACGCGGAGAUUCUUGCCAAAAUACAGGAGUGAAUGCAGCACGGGGUUCUUUGAGUAGUUUGAGGGGAGAGCACGGUUGACGUUACUAAUCUAAUACAUUGAUACUUGCACACUUUUUUUAUUCCUUGCAAUCCAUCACCAUGCAUCCCCACUCAAUAAUACGUGU